GCGGGGCGGGGGCGUGAGGUGAUUCCGGAGCCGCAGCGGGGAAACCGAAAGUGGGCGGCGGUCGCGGCUGGGCCCUGACAGAGACGGCAGCAGGAGCCGGGCGAGGAGGCGCGGGACCGUGUCGUGGGCCCCCAGGACGAGCACAGACAUUCUGGAACUUUAAAGUCCCACCUUGUUGCUAAAUUAGUGUCUUCAAGGAAAAGAGCGAACAGUUACCAGAGGAUAUUUCCUAAAGAGAUAACCAGAUACUUUAAAAUUGAGAGACUGACUAAAGAAGGCAAAGAUGCUGGAAGCAGAUCUGGUUUCGAAGAUGCUACGAGCUGUUUUACAGUCUCAUAAAAAUGGGAUAGCAUUACCUCACCUCCAAGGAGAGUACCGAUCCUUGACUGGAGACUGGAUCCCCUUUGAACAGCUUGGUUACUCUACUCUGGAAGACUAUCUGAGAAGUGUGCCAGCAGUUGUCAGAAUAGAUACUAGUAGAUCUGGAGAGAUUACCUGCCAUGCUGUGACCUGCACAGAAACUGCAAGGAUUGCUCAGCUUGUGGCUCGUCAGAGGAGUUCUAAAAGGAAAACUGGGCGGCAAGUUAAUUGUCAGAUGAGAGUGAAGAAAACCAUGCCAUUUUUUCUAGAAGGAAAACCAAAAGCAACCCUCAGACAACCAGAACUUGCUUCAGCUUUUUCUGUCAGCAAAAAAUCCAAUCCAACACUGUUAAGAGACAAAGGAAAUUCUCUUGGGAUUAAGUUUGAUGCCGAAAUGCCACCUUACCCAGUGCACAGGACUGUUGGAAAUAAAGUAUUCAAAGACAUUCCAAUGCAGAGGCAUGUGACCAUGUCUACCAACAGCAGGUUUAGCUCCAAGGCACCCCACCCACCACCUUUUCAGAUGCAUGUCUCAAGAACCUGUACUAAGGAAGUGAGUGAUAAUUUAAAUAAGACUGUUGAAAAAACAAAUGUCACGCCUCCUGCCUCUCACACUUACAAAAUGGAUGAGGUUCAAAAUCGCAUAAAGGAUAUACUAAACAAGCAUAACAAUGGCAUUUGGAUAUCUAAGCUUCCACAUUUUUACAAAGAGUUAUAUAAAGAAGACCUUAAUCAAGGAAUUUUACAACUAUUUGAACACUGGCCUCAUAUUUGUACGGUGGAAAAACCUUGCAGUGGUGGUCAAGAUUUGCUUCUUUAUCCAGCUAAGAGAAAGCAGCCUAUGAGAAGUGAACUGGACACUCAGAAAGUGCUUCCAUUCCCUCUACCUGCUUCCAAACAAAUAUCACCAUCGAAAGGGAGUUCAGCCACUGUGCCAGGAGAAAUCAAAGAGAAAGUGGCAGAGUUGCUGAUGAAGUACUCUGGUGGCCUUUGGGCUAGUGCACUCCCCAAAGCAUUUGAAGACAUGUAUGAAGUAAAAUUCCCUGAGGAUGUUUUAAAAAAUCUUGCCGCACUGUCUGAUGUAUGUACCAUAGAUUACAUUUCUGGAAAUUCCCAGAAGGCUAUUCUCUAUGCUAAACUUCCGUUGCCCACUCACAAGAGCCUAAAAGAUGAAGGACAUGCACAGGAAAAUAAUGACAUCAAGUCAAUGAUUGAACAAAAAUACUUACAGAUAGAAAAAAACAUUGCCGAAAGCACUGAAACCUUUAUGGAGGACAUAACGGUUCCUCCUCUAGUCAUUCCAACCGAGUCAUCCCCAUCUGUAUUGGUGGUUGAAUUGAGCAACACAAAUGAAGUGGUUGUCAGGUAUGUGGGCAAAGACUACUCUGCCGCUCAAGAAUUAAUGGAAGAUGAGAUGAAGGAGUUCUACAGUAAAAGCCCCAUGGUUGCACCAGUCCAGGCUGUGCUCGUUGGGCAGCUGCUAGCUGUAAAUGCUGAGGAGGAUGCUUGGUUACGUGCACAGGUCAUCUCUGCAGAAGAGAACAAGAUAAAGGUAUCCUAUGUUGACUACGGUUUUAGUGAAAUUGUUGAAAAGAGCAAAGCAUACAAAUUGAACCCAAAAUUCUGGUCACUCUCAUUCCAAGCUACUAAGUGUAAACUAGCAGGGUUGGAGAUUCUCAGUGAUGAUCCUAAUCUAGUGAAAGUGGUUGAAUCUCUAACUUGUGGGAAGAUCUUUGCGGUGGAAAUACUUGACAAGGCAGAUAUUCCACUUGUUGUUCUGUACGAUACUUCAGGAGAUGAUGAUAUCAAUAUCAAUGCCACCUGCCUGAAGGCCAUGCAUGACAAGUCACUAGAGGUUCAUCUCCAGGUCAAUGCCACGUACACAAAUGUCAAAGUGACAAAUAUUUGCUCUGAUGGAACACUCUUCUGCCAGGUGCCUUGUAAGGGUCUGAACAAGCUCAAGGACCUUCUGCAUAAGAUAGAGGAUUACUUCUACCGCAAGCAUGUGACCUCUGAGUACUUCAUUUCAUUACCCUUCUGUGGGAAAAUUUGCCUCUUCCAUUGCAAAGGAAAAUGGUUACGAGUAGAGAUCACAAAUGUUCACAGCAGCCGAGCUCUUGAUGUUCAGUUCCUUGACGCUGGCAGCGCAACCUCUGUGAAAGUGUCAAAGCUCAGAGAAAUUCCACCUCGGUUUCUACAAGAAAUGAUUUCAAUACCACCUCAGGCUGUAAAGUGUUCUUUAGCUGAUCUUCCACAGUCUGUUGGCAUGUGGACACCAGAUGCUGUGCUUUGGUUAAGAGAUUCUGUUUUGAAUUGUUCAGACUGCAGCAUUAAGGUUACAAAAGUGGAUGAAACCAAGGGGAUUGCGUAUGUGUAUUUAUUUACUCCUAAGAACUUCCCUGAUCCUCAUCGCAGUAUUAACCACCAGAUUACAAAUGCAGACCUGUGGAAGCAUCAGAAGGAUGUAUUUCUGAGUGCUGUGUCCAGCACAGUCAGCUCUCCCAGCAGCAGAAAUGGCAGUGUGCCUGUGGCAGGUAGCAUAGGAGACAAUGUCAAAAAAAACAUCCCCAAAGUCAUCAAAAAGCCCAUGGUGGACUAUACUUGUUCCUUCUCCAUGGAGGAGCUGCCACCUCCUGUCCACUUGUCAAAGCCUGGGCAGCACAUGGAUGUGUAUGUGCCUGUGGCCUGUCACCCAGGCUACUUUGUCAUCCAACCUUGGCAGGAGAUCCAUAAGCUGGAAGUCCUGAUGGAAGAGAUGAUUCUGUAUUAUAGUGUGUCUGAAGAGCGCCACAUACCACUGGAAAAAGACCAAGUGUAUGCUGCAAAGGUGGAAAAUAAGUGGUACAGGGUGCUUUUAAAAGGAAUCCUGACCAAUGGACUUGUAUCCGUGUAUGAACUGGAUUAUGGCAAGCAUGAAUUAAUCAACAUAAGGAAAGUUCAGCCCCUCAUGGACGUAUUCCGAAAGCUGCCAUUCCAAGCAGUCACAGCUCAACUUGCAGGUAAACCGAGGACCAAGAGAUCAGCUGAUUUACCCAAGAUCACACCACCUGAUAAAAGAAGAGCUGAAAAUAGAGUGAAGUGUAGCCAGUGGUCUGAAGAGGCUUCGAUGGUUUUUCGAAAUCAUGUGGAGAAGAAACCUCUGGUGGCACUGGUACAAGAAGUUAUUCAAAAUCCUAACCCUUGGGACCGAAAAGUAGUAGUCUAUCUAGUGGACACAUCGCUGCCAGACACUGAUACCUGGAUUCAUGAUUUCAUGUCACAGUAUCCAGUGGAGUCUUCAAAAGUUAAUUAAUCACUGCUUCUGAGACUUUGACAACUAACUCAGUUAUUUUUUAGCAAUAACAAAAUGUGGUAGGCUUUAAAAACAUCUUAUUUCUGCUACAUGGCUCUGACUGUUGUGGGAGAUUCAAAAGAAUAUGUCAGUGUUUAAUGAGAAAUAUUUAACAAGCUUUGUUUGGACAGAGUUGACUUUUCAAAGAAAAUCGCACUUGAAUUAUUACUAUAAUAUUAGAAUUAAAAAGUUUAUCAAUAUAAAAA